AUGGCGCCAGUACGAACGAGAAAGCGCAAGUCAGACUUGGCCACCAGCUCUCCGCAACGGAGCAGCCCCAUCAAGAAGAGGAAGAUGGCAUUAACAGCCGCCCAAAAACAAGCCCUCAUCGACAACCUCCAGCUUGAGCUCACGGAACGCGCUCGAAGAUUAAGAUCUCAGUAUAACAUACAGGCACAGCAACUACGGUCACGCGUCGAAAUGCGCGUCAACCGCAUUCCUAACGCGUUGAGGAAACUGAGAAUGGGCGACCUGCUGGCCAAGCACUCAGAGCCCCAACAAUCACGAGCCUCCCAUUCUCUACGUGAUGCAAAGCCUCCACCAGUCCCCGUCAAGGACGGCGCGUCACCCAAACCGAUCCCGCGCAAACCCGUGCCCGGCAAGGCUCAACGUGGUUCAAAGCGCUUGAGUAAUAUGGUUGACGAAACCGAGGACAAAGAGAACUCCCUUGAAACUACAGGCAACCCCAAGAAGAAGCUCCGCGGUGUCCCUGCCGUCAUUGAGUCUGCGCGCAUCCAACCGGGACAAAUAUUGUCACCCACGUCGACCAACGCACGAAUCGUGCCAAGGGUGUUAGAGAGACCACCUCCCGCAAAGAUGCCUUUGGAGCGUCCGGCCACUUCUCCCGGUAAAUCCAUGAUUGCCCGCCCGGCUUCCCCUAUCAAGGCCUUUGGUAGGGAAUCCCCAACUAAAAUACUGUCCAAUAUGGUGUCCAAAGCUAAGGCAACCCGUGGAGCCGCAUCUACAGGAACUAGGAAAGGAACCGCUUCCACGACGGCUUCGAGCAACUCGGGAACCGUCCCACGGGUCAGGAAACCAGCAGUGCCUACUGCUUCGGCAACCGGUUCCACGCGAGGUAGGAAAAAGCUCAGCCAGGCGAGCGAGUCGAGCGAGGCUAGCACCGGAACCGUCAUCAAGAAGACGACAGCAGCAUCGAGAGCAGCUACGGCGAAACCCGCGCCGGGACCGAAACGGACAGUAAUGGGCACGAUAAAAUCGGCCACGACCAAGAAAGCCCCGGCGGCAAAGGCACCAGCAGCGGCAGCAACGACCACAACUACCGGGCGGACAUUACGGAAGCGGCAGGCAUAA